AUGGUUCUGAAAGAAGCAUCUGCAAACCUGCUUGUGGCACUCUUCUACACCUUGAUUGCAACUUUACUCACAGAUGCAGCUGUCAUUCUACCAGCCCCUCUGGACCUUUCGGUACAUUCUAUUAACAUGAACCACAUAUUGACUUGGAGUCCUGUGAUUGUCCCUGGAAAAAUAGUAAAUUAUUCCGUUGAGUACCAGGGAGAAUAUGAAAGAUAUUAUACUAGCUCCACCUGGAUCCCCAGCAGUUGGUGUUCAUCCAUUAGCACCCCAGAAUGUAAUGUUACAGAUGACAUCACGGCCACUGUGGCUUAUAACUUUCGAGUCAGAGCAACACUGGGCAAUCAGAGUUCAUCCUGGAGCACCCUGAAAGAGCUUUUCAAUCGCAACUCAACUAUCCUCACCUCUCCCAGAAUGAAAAUUAGCAAGGAUGGCUAUCAUUUAAUAGUGGAAUUUGAAGACAUGGGGCCAUAUUUUGAAUUCAAUGUUACUUAUUGGAAGAAGAGCCCCAAUUCUCAGGUACUCUACAAGAUUGUGAGAGAAGGUGGCAGUCUAGUACAUUUGGAGACUAUGGAGGCUGGAGUUGAAUACUGUGUGAAAGCCCAGACCAUUGUGGAAGUUAUUGAGAGAAGCAGUGCCUUCAACCAGGUGGAAUGUGUCAGAGCACAGGAUGAAUCCCCUCUGUUGGUUCUUGUCCUGUGCACCUCUGUUGCUUUUAUAUUGUUUCUAGUGGGUGUGCCUCUCUUGGUCUGGAAAAUGAGCCAAUUGCUGAGAUACUCCUGCUGUCCUGUUGUUGUCCUUCCAGACACCUUGAAAAUAACAGAUUCACCUCAGAAGUUAAUAAGCUGUAAAAGGGAAGACGUUGAACCCUGUGACACAGUUGUGCGAGUGGUGUAUCCAGAAGAGCUCUUCCGUUCAUGGAUCCAGGAAGCUUUAUAG